AUGUUGAUAAAUCAAAUGAUGUGUGCUGUUAUGAAGAGUAAUGGAAGUGUCAAAUUACGAAACUCUAUUAAUACACAAAAUUCAUUCAUUCUGUACUAUUCAUAA